GAAGAGAAAGGAGGAGGAGGAGGAGGAAAACUCCUGCUCCCUCCAUUCCUCCCUUUGCGUUGCUCUUCUUCCGUCUGAUUCAGGCUCACUGGCUUUGUCUUUCUUUCUUUCCUUUCUCUCUCUUUUCCUUUCUCUCUUUCUCUGGGUCCGGCCUGGCGGCCUCUUCCCACCGCGGGGCUCCUCCUGAUCCGGAGGAGGAAGAAGAGGAAGCGCGGAGGAGGAAGAGGGGGAGCACCCACCGCCAUCCUCCCCCCCCGGCGCCCCAUGCCCCAGCAGCGCCAGCCCUGCAGCCGCCGCCGCCUCCAGGUCCCGGGGAGCUGCAUGGACGGGCAUGGGCACAGCGGGGCCUCCCUCCGCCGCCCCCGCCGCCUCCAAGGCUGAGGAGCUGCUGCUGCUCCGGCGGCGGCUGCUUCGGAGGAAGAGGAAGGGGCAGCCGGGGCAGAGCGAGCCCCUCCGGCCACCAAGACGCCGCCGCCGGCCCCCGACGCUGCCCGCCCUGGGGCUCCUCCUCAGCCUCGGGCUCCUCCUGCCCCCAGGCGAUUGCCAGCUGCAGACACCAUGUCGCAUCCAGAAGUGCACCACAGACUUUGUAUCACUGACUUCUCACCUAAACUCUGCCAUUGAUGGCUUUGAUUUGGAGUUCUGCAAAGCCCUGCGUGCCUAUUCUGCUUGCACAACUCGCAAUUCCAAAGUUUGCCGUGGAAACCUGGUCUAUCAUUCUGCUGUGCUGGGGAUCAGUGACCUCAUGAGCCAGAGGAACUGCUCCAAGGAUGGUCCAACAUCCUCAACUAACCCUGAAGUGAUACAUGACCCAUGUAAUUACAGCGGACGCCAGGGAGCCAGAGAACAUCGUGGAGGAGAGCAAACUCCUCCUACUUACUUUUUCUGUGGCUUAUUUGGAGAUCCCCAUUUACGAACCUUUAAGGAUCACUUUCAGACAUGCAAAGUGGAAGGGGCCUGGCCUCUCAUAGACAACAACUACUUAUCAGUGCAGGUGACAAACGUGCCUGUAGUUGCAGGAUCCAGUGCUACUGCAACAAAUAAGAUUACCAUUAUCUUUAAAUCUUACCAAGAUUGUACAGAUCAAAAGGUGUACCAGGCAGUGACUGAUGAUUUGCCAGCAGCUUUUGUAGAUGGCACCACAAGUGGUGGUGAUGGUGACACCAAAAGUUUGCGCAUUGUGGAGCGAGUUAGCGGCAAAUAUGUGGAAAUGCACGCCCGGUACAUUGGGACUACUGUGUUUGUGCGCCAGCUAGGCCGCUACUUAACACUGGCCAUCCGCAUGCCACAGGAGUUAGCUAUGGCUUAUGAAGAGAGCCAGGACCUGCAGCUUUGUGUGAAUGGCUGCCCCUCAAGUGAACGCAUUGAUGAGAGUGGGCAUCUUCCUCUGCCAGUCAUGGGACAGCUCCUUCCUUCUGGUGCUUCAAGUCAGACCCGGUCUCUAUACACGCUGGAGAGUGCCACAGCAAAAUGCCACGAGAAGAUGCUGUUGAAGGACAUCUACUUUUACUCUUGUGUCUUCGAUUUGCUUACCACCGGGGAUGCCAAUUUCACAGCUGCUGCCCAUAGUGCCUUGCAGGAUGUCGAGGCGCUGCACCCCAGGAAAGAACGAUGGCACAUCUUCCCUAACAGUGGAGGGGUGGGUUGGGGGAGUGAGUUGUGUCUUAGUCUUGGACUUGUGUGUUUGAUGCUUGUUGUGUUUUUGUAGGGUUUUUUCCUGUUGUGGUUGAAAACAAAGGGUUUAAAAUAUAUAUUGUCAUAAUAUAUUGAGAAAAGAGUAUAUAUGUAUAUACCAUGUAUAUGAAGGGAUGCUUUUUUUUUCCUGUCCUGGGACACCCAGUGGAUUGUAUAUAUUGUGUUACCAAUUUUUCCCUAUGUAUGUUGGAUGUAACAUUCUUUUUGAUUGUAAUUUUUUUUUUUUUUUUUUUUUUUUUUUUUUUUUUUGGUUUGCAGUUGGUGAAAUGUUUUAUAAUGUCCUUUCAUCAGGACCUGAUAGAAAGCACUUUAUUUUUUAUAUAUUAAAUAUUUAUGUGUACCUAGGUAAUAUGUACAGCUUAUAUCUUUGUGUACAUAUUCCAUACCCAGUGCUCCCUCUUAAGUAUUAUCUAGCUUAAGUGACAUACUGAUGAUCCUCCCCUCUUCCCUUUCCCAUUUCUUUGGCCAGUUAAGGCUGGCUUGGAGUUUUUGUACAGAUCUGGGAAGAGCCAGAUCUUCCAUUUGGAUCAGCAGUGGGCAACUAUUGGCCCUCCAGAUCAUGUUGAACUACAAUUCCCAUUGACUGUGCUGCUUGGGCCAGCAUGUUGGGAAUUGUAGUCCAAAGCUACCUGGAGGAUGGCAAGUUCCCCACCAUUGCCUGGACCUUGUGCCAGUAAUCUUUGUUUCAUGGAAACAGAAUUGUUCUUUUCUUGUUAACUCUCAUGUUCAUAGCAGUGAGAACUGCAUCUUGUUUUUUCCCUUGAUGCAGAUAUCUUUGCUUCCUUCUCCUAAGGACUACUUUUAUGUGGUUAUUUUGUACUUGGGUUGUAAUGCCCAAGAACAAAAUUACACAUCUUGUACUGAUUUGUAUGAAAGGCACACAUAUAGAACUGUGUCUUUCCCCCUUUCAAAUGUAUGUGAGCAAGGCCCAAAGCUUUUGAGAUGUUUUGGAUUCAAGUCUCUUAGUAUAUAUUGGUAUAUGGGUGUCUUCAAGUUGUUUGUAUUAAAUGUGUACCCUAUUAUAGUGGUAGACCUAACCUGGUUCAUUUCUCUUUCCCCUAUUUCCAGUGUAGAAACCUUCUGGCCACCUGAACAUCAGGGUUGUUUGGGGUUUUUUUGCCAGAAACCCCAAAAUAUUCUGAAUGUGAACCUCCUGAAUUGUCCCCCCCCCCCCACACACACACACAAGGCAGAAAAUUAAGAUACUCAGUAUCCUAAUCUGAAUGAUGUGCAUAUGUAUAAAUAGCAGGGAUGAGAGCUUGCAUUGUCUCAUGCAAAGCAAAAAUAGGCAGCAUGGUACUUUGGAUGCUGUUAGACUGCAGUUCCUAUUAGCCCUUUCUGUUGGCUCUCCUACUAAAUUUGCAGCCAGCAACAUCCUGGAGAGCCAUAUAUUAUCUAUCCCUGCUCCAGUGAAGGCUGGUAUAGUUGGCUCCACAUACUCAAUUCAUUUUUUAGCAAGUUUAGCAAUGUUGUUGCAACACAUGCAUAAAAAGAAUCUUGUAAUGUCAUUUAAAAACCAUAAAGUGUUUGUGAUUUAAUGGUGGAUUCUUGCAUGAGUAAGGAGUUGGAGUACAUGGCCCUUAGGGUUGCUUCAAAAUGAUUCCCUUCUGAUGAAGACUGCUGCAGCUUGUAAAAGCAGAUGCCACAAGAUUGUUUCUCUUUCCUUUUAUAUAACUUGGGAGGUCAUAUGCCAACUUCAUACUUGCAGGUAUUUUUGUUGCAAAACAACUAUCCUCCAAGCUGGCUAGAACAUUCUGGGACUCAUGGCCCAGAAAAGAUGACUUUUCCAGUAUUGGGGCACCAUCCUCCUCAAUCCAAACAGAAUGUGCAUGGAGGGAGCUGGAGUUAAGGCAAAAAGUAUGUAAACUGGGGGCCUGCCCAGUUGUUGGGAUCCAGUUUUAGUCAGUUAUUGACAUCAUGAUCAGUGGUUAGGGAUGGUGAAAACUCUGGCCCAGUGGUAUCUAGAGGACCCUAGGUUUUCCAUCCCUGGUUUAAAGUUGUGUGUUCUGCUACAUCUAGUGAGAAAAAAGGCAGCAUGUUAUGUAUAUAUCCUGUUGCUUUGCACUGUAUGACAUUACCAGUUCAUUAGCCCAGACUUGAGCAACUUGUGGCCCUCCAGAUGUUAGACUACAGCUUCCAUUGGGCCCAGACAGCAUUGCCAAUGGGAAUACUUUGAACUGAAGUCCAGAAACAUCUGAAGAUGACAGGUUAACCACUCUUGGUCUCUAGCCCAAGGACAGUUUGUUAUUUUCUUGGAGAAAAGCUUUUCCAAUCCCUUUUAAAUGGGCAGGGCAUUUGAAAAUUGAAAAUGGCACUGCCCUCAUGCAAAUCCUGUGUUCUGUCACAGAGCUCUGUCUCCUUCACCAGUGUUUCUUGGGAUUUGAGCUCUCUGCCCCAUGUGCCGUGCCACACUUACGAUGGGAUUUCCUUAAUUUGCAGUAGAGCCUGUUUGGAACUCAUCAUGGGUUGUGUAUAAGUGUUAAUUGGGAUUGGAAUAAUUAAUAAUAAUAAUAAUAAUAAUAAUAAUAAUAAUAAUAAUAAUUUGUGUUUCCCCGCCUCUCCCAAAGGAGUGAAGUGGAGUUACAGACUACAGAUUGACAGCUAGUGAGAUGCAGUGGUUCAAAGAACAUGCUGAGAAGUAGUUGGUGACCUUGGGAUAAGUGCCCCUUCAUAUAUAACACAGUAAUAUCAGCCUCUCUUUGAUGGCUCUUUUAGAGUUACUGAAAUAAAUCCAGAAAAAGGCAUUAUAUUUACAGUUCAUUUGAUGGAAUUGAAGAAAACACAUCCUUUUCUAACUGUCAGUGUGGAAAAUGCUUAUGUAUAGGUGAAGUGGCUGGCCAUUGUGUAGAGUCAAAAUAGCACCAGGCCUCAAGUAGGAUAAUGUGCUGAAUUUACCAUUUAGUUCUAUUUCCUUGUUGCAUAAAUUACUUUAUGCAGUCCUGAACUGUUUUGCUUUAUUUGAUUUUUUGAAAACCCCACUACCUUUAAUUCAUAGUUGUGGAAAUACAGAAUUUGAAGCAGAAAAGCCUACCCUCGUCCCUUGGUUUUGUAUGGAGAGAAACAUGAUGGUCUUAGAGUAGUUGAAUUUUACCUUUUUUGUGUGCCAAGUGGAAAGGUAUUUGUGGAAGAAGUCUGGUAGACAAGUCUAGAGUUGUUAGCUGCAAUGUGAGCCCAUCGUAAACAACAGCUGCGUGCUAGCUAAUUUCCUGUGUUCCCAAGCCCCACAAGUAUAUAUGUACGCUAAUAUCUAAAUCAUGAAGUCCAGAGAUAAGUAAUAUUUCAGAAAUGUUAGUACCUGGAAUGUAUCUUUCUUUUUCUUAAAUUAUUUUUUAAUUUUCUUGGCCCUGCUGUGGGAUUUCAUGAGAAAAUGUUAUUUGCACAUGUCUGCUCUUGAAGUCCCCCACAGCCAAGAGAGCUUUUGUUAAUGCCAAACAUAUGGAUAGUUUGAAGCUGGUGAGUGGUCUCUGGAGAGAGCUUAUGCUUAGAGGGAACACUGGUUUUCACAGACACUCCAAAUGUCUGUCUCUUUCAGAAGGCUUCAAACUGAUUCUUAUGUUUUUGAGGAGGAAAGAAAAAAAAACACACCCCAGUGUGCCCAGUUUUUUUUCCUUCUUGUUGUUGAAAAGCCCUUUAGAUGUGGUUCAUGGAUAUACUAAUAAGAAUAUGUUUGUGUAAAAAAAUGAGAAAGAGGAAAAAAGUGACCGUGCAGUGUAUAAAUAUUUUAAAUUAUUAUGAUAGAAGAAUAAAGUUACAUACCAU